CGUCAAGCAUAGGAAUCUUUAAUCCUAAAGCGACUGGUUCAAAGCUGCAAAAUGAAGUUUGGAACGUUUUUCGUGCUGUUUGUUCUUGGCGCCGCCACCUUGGGUAUGGUUGGCCUGAUCCUGGCCAACGUGAUGACCGGAAUGGGCGAGCGCAUUGGCCUUGGCUGGUUCCUGUACACCUCAAAUCCCUUCUUGUGGUCCGGCCUGGGGAUCUUCCUCGCCUGCGCCCUCUCCGUUCUGGGCGCUGCCAGUGGGAUUUACAUGAUCGGAAGCAGCGUGGCCGGCGGCGGGGUGCGAUCGCCCCGCAUCAAGACCAAGAACCUGAUCUCGGUCAUCUUCUGCGAGGCGGUGGCCAUCUACGGCCUGAUCACGGCCAUCCUGCUCUCCGGUAGUCUCGUGCAGUUCAGCAGCGUGCGGCUGAUCACCAACAAGGAAGUGAUGUCGAUGAACAUGUUCACGGGAUUCGCCGUGUUUGGAGCCGGUCUGUGCACGGGACUUGUGAACGUAGCUUGCGGCAUUGCAGUGGGCGUCGUGGGCUCCGGCGCUGCCCUGGCGGACGCGGCCAACUCGGCGCUGUUCGUCAAGAUCCUCAUCGUGGAGAUCUUUGGCUCGGCCAUCGGCCUUUUUGGCCUGAUCGUGGCCAUCUACAUGACCUCCAAGGCGGAAAUGAUUGCAUAA